AUGCUGCUUUGGACGAUCAGUGAUUUCCCUGCCUAUGGGAAUCUUGCUGGCUGCACAAUAAAGGGUAAAAUGGCAUGUCCGUUGUGUGGGAAAAACACAGACAGUAUGUGGUUAAAGUUCAGCAGGAAGCAUGUCUAUAUGUGUCAUAGAAAGGGUCUGCCACCGUCACAUAGUUAUAGAGGAAAGAAGGCUUGGUUUGACGGAAAAGAAGAACAUGGGAGAAAGGGAAGGAUAUUAACUGGACAGGAAAUUUCCCAAAAUCUGAAGAAUUUCAAGAAUGACUUUGGAAAUUUCAAACAAUCUGCAACUAAGAGAAAAAAACCAGAUAAUGCUAGAGGAAGCUCUGACAGUGAGGAGAGUGGUUCGGAGGAAGAAGAAGAUGAGGAAGUACAAGUAGACAAGGAGGAAUUAUCAAGAUGGAAGAAGAGGUCUAUCUUUCUCAAGCUACCUUAUUGGGAGAAACUCCCUGUACGACAUAACAUAGAUGUCAUGCAUGUUGAGAGAAAUGUGGCAGCAAGUAUUGUGUCUACGUUGUUACAUUGUGGGAAAUCAAAAGAUGGCAUUCAAGCCAGAAAGGAUUUGGAGAAUCUCGGUAUUAGGAAGGAUUUGCAUCCUUGCACCCAAGAGAAGAAAGUCUUCUGUAGGCAGCUUUUUGACUUCAAAGGCCGUGACGGCUACUGUUCAGACAUAUCCAGAGGCAUAUCAUUAGAUGAUUGUAAGGUAACGGGUCUGAAAUCACAUGAUUAUCAUGUGUUAAUGCAGCAGCUUCUUCCGAUUGCACUAAGAGGGAUGUUACCGAAAGGUCCUAGAGUAGCACUAAUACCUCUUGAUUCAGACGACCAUGGAGAAACACUUAAAUGGUUGGCUUAUGGACCACGUAGCUCUGCACGGUCGUAUACAUGUUAUAUUGUGAAUGGGCAACGAUUUCACACAAGAUCAGUUGAUAGGAAAAGUCAGAAUAGUGGGGUUUUCUAUGAGGCUACAGCAGUCUUUUGGAGCAUUCUGGAGCAUAUGGGACAUAAGGAGCAUGGAGGGACUUGGCACAUGGAAGCAGCUCAACUGGAUACGCAAAGGAAGAAGGGAGAAGCCAUCUUGAAGACCAGCUCGACCGUCCACUCGACCAACCGGUCGAGUUCCUCAACUCGACCGGCCAAGCUUCAACUCGAUCGAGCUGGGGAGUCAAAGUCAAACCCGAAAAAUGUUGCUUCCCCCUUGACUUUCCUUUGA